UCUAAUCUUUCAUUGAAAGUUUGACCUUUAAGACAUUUGACAAUGAGGUUGGAGUUGCUGUACUUCUUUUUUUACAGUAUGACUGUGUAUAUUUUAGAAACAAAUGGAUGGCCUCAGCAGGGGAAGCAUGAGCUGAGGUGGAAUCAUUCUUACACCGGAAUUAACAAGCCAUCGAAUCCUAUUGACAAGGAAGUACUAGAAGAAUUCUACCAUUCCACAGCAGGACCUGCCUGGUUAAAUAAUGCUCAUUGGCUGUCUGGCGAUCCAUGUGAGUCAAAAUGGUAUGGAGUUGGUUGUAACCCAUCAGGGGAUGUAGUCGAGCUAGAUCUCAGCAAUAAUCUCUUGGCUGGUGAACUGCCCGAUCGUCUUUCUAACAUGAAGAAUUUAGAAGUACUAAUACUGCGUCAUAAUGCUAUCAGUGGUACCAUAUCUCCACUGUUAUUCACAAUGAAAGCAUUAAGAGUUAUUGAUCUCAGCUAUAACAAACUAUCCGGUAGUUUUCCCCCUCAAAUUGAAUUGCCUUUUCUGACAAACUUGAGCCUCUCAAAUAAUCAACUUGAAGGUUAUUUACCUAAUCAUUGGAAUUGUCUUAAUCUGGAAGUCAUUUCUAUUUCAUCUAAUAUGCUUCAAGGAGUUCUUCCAAAUGGAUUGUCAACAUUAUCUAGCCUCAAAUAUUUUGAUGUUUCAGAAAAUUUUUUCAUCGGCCCUUUUCCUAAAGAAUACAGCAGUCUCACUUCAUUGGAAACUAUGUGGCUAUUUACCAAUCGUUUCAACAAUUCUAUCAUUCCGGAGUCUUGGAACAAGCUAGUAAAAAUGAAAAAUUUUCAAGCAGACAGCCUUGCUGGCAAUUUGCCAGAACUUAUUGGAGUAAAUUGGAGUGACCUUGAAGUUCUAAUAGUAGUUGAUGGACAUCUGACUGGUGAUAUACCUGAAUCCUUUUGCCACCUGAAGAAAUUGAAGUACCUUCAUUUGUUUAGAAAUUCUUUAUCUGGACCUCUUCCAAAAUGUUUCUGUGACUUGCCAACUUCAUCCCUUGUAAGUAUUAACUUGUCUUAUAAUCAAAUCACAGGUACUGUUCCUGAUUGCUUUGAUAACUUUCGUGACCUGCGGUACUUUUAUAUGGAAAAUAAUAAUUUAACUGGUACUUUGCCUCGGUCAUUAAGUGCUUGUAAGCAUCUUUAUACAAUUGAUGUGAGUAACAACUAUUUAGUGGGCUCGAUUCCAUCACUUUAUGCUAACCUGAAGGACACACUCAAUUGGUUUGAAUUAGAUAACAACAGGCUAAAUGAAAUUGAAGAUGGGCUAGAAGAUUUCAUUGUCACCCUUAGUACAAAAUUCUGUUCAUUAUAUGGUAACCCUUGGAGUUGUCCUCUUCCUAAUUAUUUUAGUGGUAAAGAGUAUUGUACAGCUAGGUGUUCAAGUUGUAACACGCUAGAACAACAUAGUUCAUGUGAGAAAUGCCUGACAUCAACAAGCAAUUGUGGCUGGUGUGCUGAUGGACGUAAUUGUUUAGAAGGAUACACUAAUGGGCCGUAUUAUCCUUACCAUUGCGAUCAAUCAGAAUGGGUAUUUGGAAACAAAACAAACUGCUAAAUCCUAAUUAUUAGCACAAAAAUGCUGUGGCUGUAGAUUUUAAUGGUAUUAUUGCUAGUAUUACUUCUAUGAUUAUAAUCUAUGAUGACACCCA